CAAUAAGAAGCAUCAAGAAAAUAAGCUACAAAGUCUUGAUGCUCAAUUCAAGCUACACUAUCUUUUUUCUAUUGAUCUAUUACUUCCCUUCUAAGCUUCGCUGUAUUAAUAUUCUUCACUUAGAAAUAAAUAAAUAGUUGCCGUAAUUGUUUUCACUAUUCGUCAUCGAUGGCUCAUAUUAUCUGCCUGCUGGUUCACAGAAUAUCUCUGAAUCUCAUCAUAGUAUGGGUUUCAAUACUAACCUUACCAUCCAUCUAUUGCAUGCCACCAGCGUCGCCAGUCCACUGCAACGCCACCGGCUGCACGCUGUCCAAUGCCUACGGCGCGUGGGGAGACAGAAAAGACUGUAACUUCCCUCAGAUCAUGUACCCUAAAACAGAACAAGAUAUCAUCUCCGCCGUGGUUAGUGCUAGCAAGAGCCGGCUUAAAGUGAAAGUCGUGUCGAAAUUCUCACACACCAUUCCUAAGCUCGCUUGUCCGGGCAGUGGCCCGGGAAAUUCGAUGGUCAUUAGUACCGAAAAUUAUGAUCGUGGGAUAGAAAUAGAUUCGGAGAAAAUGGUGGUGACGGUGGACUCAGGAGUAGGGCUGAGGGAUAUGAUUGACACGAUUUCAAAAGCUGGAUUGAGCCUCGUGGCGUCGCCUUACUGGGAAGGCGUGAGCGUAGGGGGGAUGAUAAGCACCGGAGCGCACGGGAGCUCGUGGUGGGGCAAAGGGGGAGCAGUGCAUGAUCAUGUAGUUGGAAUGAGCUUGGUGGUUCCAGGGACCAAACAGGAGGGUUAUGCAAAAGUGAUGAGAUUGAAUGGUCAGGAUUUGGUUUUAAAUGCAGCCAAGCUUUCGUUGGGAUUGUUGGGUGUCAUCUCCAAGGUGACAUUUGCUCUGGAAACAGGAUUCAAGAGAAGCAUAACAUAUAACUUCACAGACGAUAAUGCAAUAGAAGAAGCGUUUGUAGAGCAUGGAAAGAAACAUGAGUUUGGAGAUAUAACAUGGUACCCAUCAAGACAUACAGCUGUAUACAGAUAUGAUGAUAGAGUCUCUUUAUCUGCUUCUGGCGAUGGUGUUAAUGACUUCAUUGGUUUUCAGUCUAAUCUUAUUCUUAUUUCCAAAUCUGACAGAGCUGCUGAGAAAGCAUGCGAAAAUGCAAGAAAUGUACAAGGAAAAUGCGCCCUGGCGUCAACUUUUUUGGGAUACAAGAAAUUAACAGCAAACGGGCUGAAAAACAAUAUAUUGUUCACAGGAUAUCCAGUAAUAGGUCAUCAACACAAGAUGCAGACCUCCGGUUCUUGUUUAUACUCAUCACCUGCUAGAAUUGACGUCUCUUGUGCAUGGGAUCCAAGAAUCCACGGCUUGUUCUUCUACGAGACGACAGCCAUAUUCACCAUUCCAAACUUCAAAAGCUUUCUUCUUGAUGUUAAAAAACUAAGAGAUCUACAGCCACAGAAUUUCUGCGGGGUAGACAUGUACAACGGCUUUCUAAUCCGUUUUAUCAGACAGUCAAGUGCACAUUUAGGUCAGUCAGAGGACUCUGUCGUGGUUGAUUUUAAUUAUUACCGUGCUGAUGAUGCAAUGAGUCCGAGAUUAAAUCAAGAUAUCUUGGAAGAAGUGGAGCAGAUGGCAUUCAUCAAGUAUGAUGCUAAGCCACACUGGGCAAAAAACCGGGCUGUAGCAUUUUUGGAUGUGCAGAGAAAGUAUUCAAAGUUCGAUAUGUUCAUUGCAGCAAAGAAAAAACUGGAUCCGUCUAAUAUGUUCUCUAGUGAAUGGUCUGAUGCGAUUCUUUUGGGGAAGGAAGGGGAGAAACUUGAUGGAUGUGCUUUGGAAGGACAAUGUAUAUGUUCAGAAGACAGACAUUGUAGCCCUCAAAAUGGCUACUUCUGCAAAACUGGACUUGUGUAUCAACAAGCUAGUGUCUGCAGAUAUUCACCAUCUUUCGUCACCUAAUACAAAUUAUUUUUUUUUCUUAA